AUGGAAGCAAGAGACAAACCAAAAACUCUAGAGCUAACAGUUUUAUCAGCCCAAGAUAUCCACGUGAACGGAGAGCCAGUAACAACGAACAUCUUCGUCGUAGUUCGCGCCGAAUCAACCACCACCCACACAACGCCGUUGAGCACCGGCGAAGGUAACGUCCUUUCAUGGAACGAGAAGUUCACGGUGGAACUCUCGACCUACGCAAGGUCCAUCUCGUUCGAGGUAAAGUACCAAACGACAACAGGUGUGAGAGACGUCGGUGUCGCAAGAAUAGCGGUUUCGGAUUUCCUCGGAGGUUCGGUUCCGGAAACCAGUUUGCAGGAAGAAGAAACUGAGGAGCACGUUGUUGUUGCACAUGGUGUUGUUGUUACUGGUAUUCCAAACUACACUGACAUUGACAGUGUUUGA